AUGGCUUCUUCGUCUUCAGCACUUACCAAGCUUUGCUUUCACUGCAAAGCUCCCUCUGUUAACUUCUUCAUUGGUUGGCAGCUUCGUAAUGGCGGUUUCGCCAUGCUUUGCUGUAGCUGUGGUUAUAGCUAGUGGAGAGAUGCAAUUGCUUUGGCUUCAAAUGACGAAACGACAUCGUUUUUGUUCUGCUUUUAGUAGCGCUGCAUACACUUUCUUGCUUUGGAAGUUAUGGCAUUCUGCUUAUUUGAAGGGAACAUUCUGUGAUACUUUUCACCCUGAAGCCAGUGGUUGGAGAGAUUGUGCUUCAUGUAGGAAGCGGAUUCAUUGUGGAUGCAUUAUGGCCUCCAGUACAUAUACGAUACUGGACUUUGGUGGUGUGAAAUGUGCAGAGUGUGCCGUAAAUGAAGCUUUGGCACCACACAGAUGCACACCAAGCUUCUGGAGCCCUCAGGCUAUUCAGCAUGCAAUGGACUCUGCUAAAAGGCUAUCUAUUGACCCUGAGAAAGCAAUUACAGUAGGUAUGAAAAGUGACUCCUGCGUUCAUGUUGCUGGAAUUAAAGCAGGAAUUGAUCCAAUUGUAUCACCUGAUUCUGUAGUAUGCAAUGUCUCACCUAAUAAGAUAGCCACUCCAACUAUUCCUGGAGCAGCAUUUCAAGCGCAAUUUCCUUUAUCAGAAACUGGAGAAGAGUCCUCUGUGAAUUCACCUCAUGGAACCAAUAAUUCUUGUCAAAAGAAGGUAGGAAAAUGUCGAAAGAAUGUCUAUAGAAAAACUAGGGUACAAUCUAGAUACUCACCGCAGACCAGCUUGGAGGAGCUAAAGGAAAUCUGCAGAGUGUCAAAAUCAAGUCUUGUUCCUUUGUUUUCAAAAACAUUGACUGCUAGUGAUGCUGAAGCCAGGAAUGGGCGCCUUGUGUUACCAAAAAGAUGUGCGGAGGCUUAUUUCCCCGAUAUUUCGGCACAACAAGGAAUCUUUGUUGUAGUGCAAGACAUAAAAGGAGAUGACUGGGAAUUCUACUACCGUUACUGGUUAAAUACUAAUGGAAAGAUGUAUGUGCUUGAGGGGCUUAAAGAUUACAUAAUCUCGGAGCAGUGGCAACCAGGUGAUACAGUUACAGUUUAUAAAAGAGAAGAAGAUGGAAAAUUGUUUAUGGGGCUAAAAAAGGUUCAGGCUGGAAAAUCAGAUUAGAGAGCUCAGCUUGAUGUUUGAAAACGACUUUACCCUUCAAAGACCAGUGUGAAUCUUGUGGUUUUCGUGGAAGGUGUUGAAGUUCUUUUUGCACAUGUUGUCAUCAGGCAGCGAACUAUUACAUUGGUGUCAGAGUAGGUUCAAGGACAUCUGAAUAAUGCCUGAUCUCUUCUUAAUAUGGACAAAUGAGGAUUAUGCUUGGCAUGUCAACAUGCAUACGUGGCUCCACUUUGACAUGAGAAGUAAGCCGCCCAGCUGGUUAACAGUUGUCAGGGGGAAAACCACUUGUGCAAAGUUGACUACUUCAGUGACCAGGUCAUGCAAUAGCUUGCCUCCUGACUGGGAAAAUCCUGACAUUCAGAUAUAUCAGUGACAAUGGUAAAGCAUACUACUUGCUUCCAUUGUACCAAAUGUAGUGGCUAUGGCUGCAGGAACUACUAAGUAACAGGAGGAAAAAGCUUGCCCAUGGAGGACCAAGUGGAGAACAAUCCCACCUUUAUUCAAUUGUAUUGGGAAGAUUAGUCCGUCAGAAUAUUAGGAAAACAAGGUGUUACUUUAUGCUACAUAAUUAAGAAGUUUGUAUUUUUAAUUUGGGAAUUUAUUGCUUUCUUUAAAUUUAUAUUAUUAGUAAUU